UCCCCACGUGGGGUUUGUUGAAAUGCUCAGAAGAAAUCUGAUUGGUUCUUACGAACACUCUGUAAAAGUUCUUUUGUGAAUAAAACGACCCGGGCCGAGGGGUGGAGAGGGAGGCAUAGAUUAUUAUACACACCCUUCCCAGAGUCUUGCUGGUUCAAGCCUCUGUGUGUAUUCUUAUUAAUCAGAGUUCAAUCCUUCCUUGGCUUUGGGAACACCUCAAUCCAAAAGCAAGGAACGCCCAGCACCUGCUUGCAAAAAACCAGGAACCUCUCAAGACCACCCUGUUUGAAUAAAUCCCUCGUGGCAGGGAGGGCCAGAUUGCAGAGGGGCCCAACUCAACAGAAUGCCGCAGAAGAUUUGGUUAGCACGGGUGGCUAGCUAUGGCUUCUUCCACACCUAAACUGCUCAUGCAGUGUGUGCUUUGCUAAACAAAUUCUCUCAGGCUGCUUCCCACCUGCUGUAAAUUUUAUUGAACAAAACAUUUGGCUUUCUAAGGGGCUCCCCUGCGUCAUUCGAAGUUAGGCUGUCCACACACAGACCAGUCUCAGAAACAGCCAAGAGACAUGUCUGUUUUCUUCCUGCUCAGCCUCGGUCUGGAUUGGGCCCAGGCCCAGAGCUAUCACUGCAUGUCUUCCCAGUUUAGAAGACCCGGAGACUACAUACUGGGCGGCUUGUUCCCUUUCACGGUGCUCACCUCCAACCUGACGGAACGGACCCUGCCUGACAUUUACAACUGUGAGAGGCUUUAUGCUGCCGGUCUGGUCUGGGCCCUUGGGAUGAAGAUUGCCAUUGAGGAGAUCAACAACUCCACCACGCUGCUGCCAGGGAUCCGCCUUGGCUAUGAUAUCUACGACACCUGCAUGGAACCGGUGGUCACCCUCCAGCCCAGCCUGCUCUUCCUGUCCAGAGCAGGCACAAACAGCAUCGGGAUCCUUUGCAACUACACGGACUACCAGACCCGGGUGACGGCUGUCAUCGGGCCUCACGACUCAAUGCUCUCUUCGGUGACAGCCAAGCUGUUCGGCUUCUUCCUGAUCCCGCAGAUCAGCUAUGGAGCCACCAUGGAGGCCCUGAACAAUGAGGAGCUGUAUCCCUCUUUCUUGCGGACUGUGCCCAGCGACAAGAGACAGCUGGAAGCCAUGGUCCAGCUCCUGCAGGCUUUCAAGUGGAAUUGGAUCGCGGUCAUUGGCAGCAACGAUGAAUAUGGGCGUGGAGGCCUCAGCCUUUUGUCGUCCAUGGUGGCCAGCAAACAGAUCUGCAUCGCCUUCGAGGGGCUGAUCCCAGCCGAUGUGUCCAACCCGAGCCUCCAAGUGAAGAUGAGGCAGACGAUCCAGUCGAUCAACGAGUCCAAAGUCAACGUCAUCGUCCUCUUCGCCAGCGACCGGCCUGUCCGGGCUUUCUUCAAGCUGUGCUUGGAGCUGAAGCUGAGCCAGAAGGUGUGGUUGGCCACCGAAGCCUGGGUGAUGUCAGACGUGGUCACCUCUGUGGACAAGAUCCAAGCCAUUGGGACAGUCAUCGGCUUCGUCAUAAAGGGGGGGACAGUCCCUGGCUUCGAGGAGUACGUCUACAGACUUUUAGAGCUGACCCAAGAGGACGGCUUCUGCAACACAUCCCAGGAGGAAGUGGACAAGAUGGACUCCGAUGUCCUGGGACCGCAAUGCUGGCAAUGCAACUACAUCUCUCGCCGAAACAUCACUGCGGUGCUCAAGCACCGGCAGACGUACGCUGUCUACACCGCAGUGUACAGUGUGGCUCACGCACUCCACAACUUGUUGUGCUCCCAGAGAGGGACGUGUCAUAAGGGUAACAUCAAAUCUUGGGAGCUGCUGGACAAACUGAAAGACGUCCAUUUCAACAUCUCCAACCAGUUGCACCAUUUCGAAGACUACGGCAGCAUCAACCUCGGCUAUGAGGUCAUUGGCUGGAGGUGGCAGGACAGUGGGAUUGAGCACAUCACCCUUGGGAACUUCAACACAAAACUGAACCUCAAUACAUCCUUGGUCCAGUUUCACACAGAGGAUGGAAAGGCUCCCAUCUCUGAGUGCCUUACGACAUGUCAGGCUGGGCAGAUCCGUCGGAUGAAAGGGUUCCACCUCUGCUGCUACGACUGCAUUGACUGCGAGAAGGGCACUUAUUGCAGUUCUCCAGAGGACACAACCUGUACCGCCUGCCCCACAGAACAGUGGUCCCCUGGACGCAGCACACGGUGUUACGACCGCAGCGAAAAGUAUCUGUUCUGGUCCGAGCCUCUGGCCAUCAUCUUGGUAGCCUUGCUGAUAUUUGCGGUGACUCUCACCUGCCUCUCGGGGUCCCUGUUUCUGAGGAGCCUCCACACCCCCGUGGUGCAGGCCGCCGGGGGAGCCAUGUGCCUCGUGGGCCUCCUCUGCCUGGCCCUCAUGUGCCUCAGCUGCGGCCUCUACAUCGGCAAGCCCAGCCCGACCGUCUGCCUGUUGCAGCAGCCCUCCUUCGCCUUGUGCCUCAACCCUUGCUUCUCCACCAUCACGGCCAAGGCCCUCCAGAUCAUGCUGGUGAAUGACUUUGCAAGCAGCCGCCGCGGUUUCCUGCACAACCUGAUCCAGAGGCGGCCGUGGGCCAUCGUGGCCUUGUGCUUUCUGGGUGAAAGCGCCCUCUGCCUUGGGUACAUCUAUGUCAACCCGUCCACUCCGGGCAAGAACUACAAGCUCUUGGCCACCCAAGUCCUCAUCCAGUGCAGGAUAAAGUCCUGGGCUGCCUUCGCCAUCAUGCACGGGAACAACAGCCUCCUGGCCUUCACCUCGUUCCUCUGCACCUUCAUGGUGCAGACGUCUCCCAAGAAGUACAACAUCGCCCGCAGCAUCACCUUCGCCAUGCUCACUUACUUCAUCGCCUUGAUCUUCUUCAUCCCCACCUACGCCACCGUGGGGCUAGAGUACCAGCCCGCCGUGCAGGUGAGUGCCAUGCUCCUGUGUGCUACAGGGCUGCUUGCGGCUUAUUACCUCCCCAAGUGCUACAUCCUGCGUUUCAAGCCGGACUGGAACACGGUGGACUAUUUCCAAGAUUACACCAAAGAGGCGACGCAGGAAAACGACCCCAAAAAUUAGGGGUCGUAGCCGAUGCUAGUCCUACCCACACAGGGAACCCGCUGAAGUUAAGGGGCAUGGCUAACUUAGGCCUGGUCAGUUCAGUGGGUCUACUUUGAGGAGGACUUGGUCGGAGGCAACCCAAGCAGAAGUCUCUGAAGCAGGAAGGGAAGUCUCUCCUUUGAUGGGGUUAACAGUGGCACUUAUAUCGCUGCCCUAGUAUAGAAGCUUUUAUUGGUGCGUGUUUUUAUUUUGUUGGGUUGGACGUAGAUACGGAUUUGUCUUGAUGGGAUAGACUCGUUAGAGAGGCCUUGCAUUCUAGUCCUCCUGCUCAGGGUUGGCAAGCCAGAGUUAGAGAUGGGGAAAGAGUUAGAGAUGGGAAAAUCCACAAACAACAAAAAUGCCUUCUCUACCCUUUCUUCUUAGCCCCAGGGGAUCAUUGCAGAACACUCAUGCAAUGUUGGACUGGAACCUAUAUACAUCUCACAGAGAUGGCUUACUCACAGUAGUCUCCAACCCUGUCCUAUUCUGCUCCGUGAAUGGGAAGCUGCCUUAGCAUCUAUGCAUGGCAUUUCGUUAGAUUUGAAACAGAUUGCUUCAAAGCCAACAAAAACUAUGUUUAAGGUGUACCUUUAACCUAGCGCCUUUACAGAAAGGAGCUGCCUGCUUCAGAUAGAUGCUGGCAAUUAAAUCUUCUUUCGAAGCAUAUAAUUUGGGCCUUGCUUAGUGGUGUCUUAUGUCUAGUUAGAAAUCAUUGUCCAUGUUGCAGGAAAAAGCCUCUUGAAUUAUAUCCCUGUAACGUGGAGACUAAUGGAUUGACAACAGAGGUAGAGAUUUUAUGGUGGCCAACAGAUUAAGGGUUGUCUCCAACGUUGGACUUACUCAGAGGGGACCCACUGAAAUCAAUGGGCACAGCAAACCUAGGUGCACUAAUUUCAAUGGGUCUACUCUGAGUAGGACAUCAUUGGAGGUUGGUUUUUUUUAAGACUGCAAGGACAAACAUUCCUGCAUCCACUGCUCCGUGCUGAGAAGGUCUCCCUGCACUUAGCUUACAUUCGUCAAAUCUAGUUUAAGAUGUUUAUUUGGACAUAUGGACUGUCUUAUUGAUUUAUACAUAUAAACUGGGAUUGGUGGGAUAGUCUUACUGUUAAUGUCGGCUGGCAGUGUUUUUUUACCUCUUUCUGUUACAUUUGCAAAUAAAAAACACAUUUAAAAGAGAAGUUGUCUUUAUAC